AGCGCAUCUUUCGAUGUCAAGGAGAAGAAGUUCGAAUUUGAAGUGAUAAACACUUUGUCAAACAAGUUGUUCAAACAAGCGAAGGAUAGCUACUGAUAAGCUUACAAGAGAAAACUCUUAAAGAGGUAUUACGGRCAAGUAAUAUAUCAUCCAGGAUGCCAAAGUUGGUAAUUUUUGAUCUUGGAGGCGUCGUCGCCACAACACCGAUGUUUGCCAUCCAGCGUUUUGCUUGGGAAAAAGGCAUUCAGAGCUCCUUUCUUCAAAAACUUUUAAUGCCUACUGAUGAAAGCCAUCCAAUGUUUCAACUAGAAACUGGAAGAAUCUCAUUAACUCAGUUUUGUCAGUUGGCAUCAGACCUUAUUCUUAAAAUGUGUGAAGAAGAAGGCAUUGAACUUCACAAAGACUUCACUGUGGAGGGACUGAUGAAAGAGAUCCCAAAGUCAUUGAAGGUGGUUCCCGAGAUGUUGAAUGCUUCAGCAGCUUUAAAAGCAGCAGGUAUCAAAACCUGCAUUCUAACAAAUAAUUGGAAAGAUGACACAGAAACUGGUCAACUUGUCUCAAAAAUAAUGUUGUUGCGGUACUAUUUUGAUGAGAUUUUCGAAUCUUGUAAACUKGGACUCCGUAAACCUGAUGCAGAGAUUUUCAAAACAGUUUGUUCUAAAAUGAACRUUGAUGCAAGUGAGACAAUAGUAUUAGAUGACCUUGGMCACAAUCUAAAGAAUGCAAAAGAGUUGGGCAUGACCACCAUUCAUGUAAAAGAUCCUUUCACUGCUCUUACUAGUCUAAAGGAAAUCUCUGGCAUUGAUGUCUUCAAACCCUGCCCAGUUCCCCCAGUCACUGCUGACAAAGUAGCYCAUUCAUUUGCAAGUUUAUCAACAGGGAUCAAAAUGCAUUAUGUGGACAUGGGACAUGGUCCAGUUGUCAUUUUAUUACAUGGUUUUCCUGAGUUUUGGUAUACAUGGAAAUAUCAGAUCCCAGCACUAGCAUUAGCAGGCUACAGAGUGAUUGCCCCUGAUCUUAGAGGUUAUGGUAAAACUAGCAGUCCUCAUGAAAUAACUGAAUAUCAAAGAGAAAAGAUUGCUCAGGACUUAAUAUCACUCAUGGAUUGUCUGAUCAUCCAUCAAGUAACUCUUGUAGGUCAUGAUUGGGGUGGUGCAGUUGCCUGGGACCUAGCCAUGCAUUAUCCAGAUAGAAUAAGGGCUGUUGCCAAUAUGACACCAUAUAUGCCACCCAAUCCUACAGUCAACCCUCUUAAAGCUCUUCRUGCCAAACCAGGAAUAUUUCAAUAUCAGCUGUACUUUCAUAAAGAGGGUGAGGCAGAACAAGAAUUUGAGAAAGAUAUGCAUAGAACUUUCAAUCUGUUCUAUAGAAGUCCUGAACAACAGCUUCUUGGAGGCAAAGUAUCCACUGCAAAUGUUCUAGAGAGAGGUAGCUUGUUUGGUGGUAUUCCAGAUUCUGUUCCAAAGACAUCACUAUUGUCAGAAAAAGAUUUGGAUUUCUUCGUGGAAAACUUCUCAGUGACUGGAUUCAGAGGACCCCUCAACUGGUAUCGCAAUAUGGAGGCUGACUGGACUUGGAGCUUAAAAGUUGUUGGUAGAAAGAUUCAGCAGCCUUCACUAAUGAUAACAUGUGGAAAAGAAUUUGUCUUGCUUCCUUCUCUAUCAGCACACAUGAAAGACUGGGUAAGCCAUGUUGUAUGAGCAGAUUGG